AUGUUAUGCUUGAGCAAACCUAAAAGCUCGCACGAGUCGGAAGUGAUGGGUUGGCAAAGCCCCAAGGUUGGCCACGCCGCCGCUAACGACGGCACCAUUGGUCACCCCACGGCAAGCUCCAAUGCGGAUCGUCAGCGAUCUGUCGACAGACGCCAGUGCAAGAGAAAGAAGAAGAGCAAGAAGAGCGUCACGCGCACGCCACCUUCCGCCGUCGCUAAAGCAGAGCAAGAUCACGACAGCGCUACUGCUGACACGCGCAGGUAUGCUGGUCGGGGUGGUGGUGGCGAACGGCGAGAAAACGUUUUGGUCGAGCCGCCCGCGACCCGUGGGUGGAAACGCACUGCGUCCCGCAACGUGAACGGUACUGCGGAGGCUGGCGGACACCGGGUCGGCUACGGACGAAAAGAUCCUACUCCUCGGGAGACAAAGCUGCCUUCGAGAACGAGCGCCGCUACCCGUGAAGCUGCGUCGGCCGCUGCGAAGUCCGCCAGCACCGGAGUGGAUCCCGCAAGUCGCGGGGUAGGGCACCAACUUGCCCAAGCUGGCGGGCACCUAAAUACGGGAAGCCGGGCUGGAACCUUCAGUACGGGAAGCCGGCCAGGAACCUUCGCAGACGGUGCUCAGCGGCAAAUGGGUUGGCAGGCGGACCGAGGUCGGCCCCAGGUAACCGUCGAAAAGGCCCCGAGUUGGCUGGAGAUCUGGCCGAAACUCCGACGGGAAGGGUGGCACUGGGACUACGGCGAGCAGGCGGACUCAUCCUGCGUCUACCUUAAACCUGGUGUUUCCAAGGACGGUGCGACUCUGGGCGUGGACAUGUUCGACUCGAAGCACGCGGUCAUCGCCCACGUGCUCAAGCACGCGACGAGCUCGGCAACCCCUCACGCUGCCGAGCAUACCGUGGUUGGCGACAGCGAUGGUGACGAGAAUAUCGACGUCGUCGACGGCGAGCUUUCGUCGAACGCAUGGCUGGCGGCCGCCGCCACAGGACAAGGCGAAGGUCAGUCCGCCGGACCGGGCGCUGGACGUGCUGCUGAAGCGAGGGUACCAGAAAAGAAGCGCGGGGUCGCCGUCUUUCACAGGCAUUGCCAAGGGGACCUCCCUUUCCCUGCUGUAAAGCGAGGGCGGGUCGAGCAGUCCCGAGGGGUGAUAGGCGGGAAGGAUGCAGCAGCCGAGAGCGGAGAUGAAAUAGAGGUAGCAGCGUCGUUGGUGAUGGAGAUGCUGAGGGGUGAAAUGGAGGAUUCUGUGGCGAGGCGAUCCGUCGAGUCGGCCACGCAGCAGUUUGAUGCCGAGGGUGGCUCACGGGGGGAGGAUAAUCUGACGGCACACUGCUGCGAACAGCUGCUGGCUCUCUCGGAGAGCGGAAGUGGUGCCGCUGCUUGCGGUUCGGAUGGCGCUUCUGCUUCCGGUCAUUGCGAAGGUGGUGACCUCGUCACUGGUAAGGCUUCCGUGGACCGCUGCGCGGAGAACGGAGGCAACGGAAGCAGUGACAGCGACGACGUCGACGUUGUCAAAAAUGACGCUGUCCCGCUGAACCAUCUGCUCCCGAUUUCGCGUGCAAGUUCGGGGAGCGCGAACGCAGGCGAUGACCUUGGAGCGACGCAUUCAUCCAGCCCUCCGCGUGAAGGUCCUCUCGCCGGUGUUGGGGUCAUUCUUGCGGGCCUUGGAGAACAGCCACGGCAGGAAAUGGAGGCGAAGAUCCGCAACCUUGGGGCAGAAGUGGUUGACAUCCUCGGCGAAAGUGGCGGGUGGAAGAGCUGGCUCUUGGGUGAGAGUACGCGGACCGUAGCCAACAGCGGAUCUACGGCGGAACCUUCUUCUGCCAGGCACACUAGCGGUAGCGGUGAUUGCAACGGCGACCCUUGUGCGACAGCGAACUCAGAUGCGCGCACGCCCGAAUCGACGAAGCUCACCAAGCCACAGAUGAGGAUGAUCGCGGUGGCAGCGCCUGGCAGCGAUCGCACCCCCGAGUUCCAGCUUGCUGUAGCAGCGGGAAUGCCGAUCGUCCAUCCGUCAUACGUGGCAGCCUGCUCCGGCAUGGAGAUCGAAGUCGAGACUGGCCGAUAUCUCCUGCCGUUAGGGCGCUCAGGGUUGGGUAACCGACCGCUGAUUAUGCCUUUCCGCUCCGGCAGAGGACGGCCGUUCCAAGACCAACUCGUGAUUUUAUGUGUUGACAAUCCGGCGGCCGACCAGGCGGCGUUGGAGAACUGGCUGUUCAUGCUGAAAGUCGCGGGCGCCACGGUGCGAGUUUUCGACGUGGGCGGCGAGGGCGGCUGCGCCGAGGGAGACGCAGACGGUGUCGAACAUAGCCUAUGCACCCACGAUGCCGCCCUCCAGCUUCUGCAGGAGGGGCGAGUGUACUGCGUCAUCGGUUCCGAGAGCACCGCUGUUCGGGUCUCAACGGCGAGGUCCGCGAUCGAGAAGGCCGCCGUAGAGGCAGGCACCCUCGCGGGCAGCCUCGAGUGGGCGCUGCAGUGCAUGGCCCACGGUCGUCUUCUCCUCCCGAGCGCCGCGACGUGCCCCUGGUUCCCGUUGAGUGCCUCCGGCGUCUCGGUUCAGGAUGGGCACGUACGGGGGAGCGGCGUCAACUUAGUCUUCCGAGUUGCCGACGAGCCCGUGUGUCUAUUCCACGUGCAUGUUUAUGGCGGGAGGAGGUACGUCGCGGGUGACUAUGUCAUAAUUAAAAGGGACGGAAGGGCCUCUGACGUCACGUACGGGACUGGGGCUGAGACGAGCGCUAGGACAACCGCAGUGGGUAAGACUGUCGAUGCUACCGAAUUCGGCCUUCCCAUGGUGGCUCGCGUCAUUUCCUUUCGGAGGGAGGGUAGUGAAAAGGUGAAGGUCGAAGUGGCCAUGCUAGGCCAGGGUGAGGGACCCAUGCUACACCAGGGUGAGGGCUCUAAUGCCUCAAGCGCUGCCGGUGCAGGGGAACAAGAGGUGGAGGAAGACAGGCUGGGUGCUCGAGUUCUCGUACUGACGAAGCGGGAAAUGGAGGCCACGCAGCUCCACGCUUUGAACGACGGUGCCAUAUUUUGUCUUAAGGACUAACGAUGGGAGAAGUGAUGGGAGUAAUAUCAUCAAAUGUUUUUCAAAUCGAUGGCCGAUGGUUUGUUGGGGCGAGAGGCGAGAGUAAGAGACAGUGAAUCGGGUGAGAAGUUUGGGUCGAACCGGUUAAGCGUUAUGUGCAUAGUUAAUACCAUCAUCUGGUAGACGCGAGGGGGAGGUGCAGACUUGGUGGUGGCAGAAGGUAAUCGCCAUAUUCGCCGUCAGCCAUGUACUGACAUCCUAGCCUCGGAGUAAGCCCGUAGGUCGGGAACGUAAACUUCGAACACAGGAUGUUGAUAUUUGCACGAAUAGGUGGACGCUUGCACGGAUAGGCAGCAUUGACACAGGAACCUUUUGAGUGUGACCGUAGCCGCGUUUAUUGUUACAGAGCCAUCGCCAGUAGGUAUUUCUCCCGCAAUUCAAACUCACCCGGUCGUGGACGGCCUUGGCGAGGGAUUCAUUCCAGGGAAUUUUGUCAUUCGGGUCCAAUUUCGCGCUUUUCUUUGGAAAAAUUGAAUCUGGACGUGCGAAUCCAUCACAAAUUGGCUGGCGGGGUCGUAGCAGUAGCGAUGGUGUCUCGAAGUUCGCCAAACAUGGGUUCUGUGCAACCCUUUCUGGCCUGUUGCUGGAGUCCAAUAGGUCGGACGUAAGCAAGGCUAACGUGGAAUGAAGGGUGAUGUAUUGUCGAUAAACCAGGUCCUCUUUUCGACUUUUUCAGCAACUGUUUGUGACUGCCGCCGUAGAAGACGCGUGAUGUUUACGUUUUGCGUGGCGGAAGAACGGGUAGGGUGUCCCCGGCUGUCGAGAGCUCCAAUGAACACUUCUUGCUGAGACUUGUAUUGUGGGGCGACUUAAUUUGAUCGCUUCACCUGGGCAGGCUGCAAGGCGGGGUCUGCUCCUCGCACAUCUGCUUCGGUUCCGAGUUCGUCGCUGCUGCAGCUGGUGGAACUAAAUAAGUGUUGCCCGGCGGUGUUCACUGCGAUAGGUUUUGAUUAGUGAAUGUCUUCCGUACCCACAGUUUCUUGGCUCUGCACCGUUCCUGAGCGCCACCGCCGCUUGAUUUGCGCACUGCUGUUUUUUGGACGCAUUAACGACACGGACUUCUCUUUGAGGCUUGGCAUCAAUCUUGAGAAUAUGGUUGGCUGGAUGACUAUUUGUAAUGUAUCUG